AUGAUACAUGGCAUAGUCCUGUUCAAAUGCUCUCUACCAAAACUUUGUGUUGUCUACCUUUUAAAUAAAAAUUAUGUUUUGUAAAUAAUGCUCACCAUUUCAAAUUUUUAAGUCAUCUAGAUGAUGCACCAUGCAAGAAAACAAGGUUCCAGGUGCCAAAAGCUUGGAUAUCAACUUCCGUAGUUUAGUCUGUGCAACCUGCAUCUUACCUUUGAGUGGUCUUCUUUUUUGUGAAAUUUGGAGCCUCAUCUAUGUUUAUGAAUCUUCAACAAAAACAUAUUGUUUAUAUGCAAGAAAUGUAAGUAAUCAUUCAGAAAAUGAAAUGCACCUACAACUUAUAUUUAUAGUGUUAUGUAAAUAGACCUGAAACUAUGAUAGCAUAAGUCUUUGUGCAUUGAAAAUAAACCCUUUCCAAGUCAAACUUGUGAAUUGCAGAUUUCUAUAAAUUAAGCCUUUAUAACUCUAUUAUAACUUUUGGUUAACAUUUUAUGUCCAGUUUAAUAUAACCAAUUAUAAAAAGUGUUGGACUGCGAUAAAGCUUUAAAAUUGAUUAAUAAGACACGAACAAAUUGUGUCAAUAGAUCAACAUAAGUUACGCUUUAAUAAUAAUUAUACAUUAUACUAUACACAAUUAAAAGUUUCGGCACAUGCCUUCAUCAGUACAAACAAAUAAAACACAUUUAAGUAAGUAUAAAUUAAAUUUACAUAAUAUCAAUAUACAUAUCCUACCUAAAACAGAAAAAAUAUAGGAGAGGGUGCUAAACCAGACGAAAACAAAGUAAAGAGGAGUUUUUGUUUUAAUUAAUAUAACCAAGGAUGCUCAUUUAAAAAAAAAAAAAUUAAAAUGAUCAAAACAGUUAUGAUGACUGAUUUGCUUUAUUUACACUUCUUUCAGGUUAAGAAUUUUAUGCCAUCUGUCAGUGUGGCCAUUGGGUCUUACACACCACAGAAAUAUGUAUGGAACAUCACUAUAGCUGUGCACACAGCACCUCGCCUCCUCAUGAUGCUGGCUUACUACAACUUGUACAAGAGAUUGUUUCAAUGGGAGGAAUGUCUCAGCAAGUUCUUCAGACUGCUUUCAUUAAUGUCACAACUGCUCAACAUGACUGAAAUUUUAACACUGAUUGGGCUAAGUUUUGUCACGUCGCAAGAUAACUAUGGUAUAAAUUAA